UUACUCAAAAUUAUGUAGAAAAGAACAAUUUUUUCCUUUUUUUUUAGGAAAUACAUUCAUACUAAGUAACUUAUUAUAAGAUGUGUUCUAUUGGUUUAUUGACAUCAGAUGAAUGCAAUGGCCAACAAGAUGUUAUUGAAACUUUAAGCAAUGAAGAAAAAAUAACUAUAUCAUUACGCUGUAACAUUGAGUUAUCAAACUUAACGAUAUUAUGUGAAAGAUAUACUACAAAAUAUUUGAAAUUGUAUCCUAUAUGGCAGAAAGCAUGUUGUGAUCCAUUCAAUAAACAUACAAAGAAAAUCACAAAAAAUCUCAUAGUAGUUACAAUAAAUGAGUCACAAGUCAUGAUGAGAAGUAGUUUGAAUAUUGCUCCUGGGAAGAAACUUUGCAAACCUUGUAAGCAAAAGAUUGCCAUAAAAAAAGAUCUUAAAGAAAAGAAACAAAGCCAGGAACAAGAUGAGGAUUUUCUAAUACCAUCAUUCAAAUCAAAAAGACAGGAGAUCAAUGAAGAACUCAAAAAUUUUAAUAUAUCUCCUCUAAAAUCUCAUUCAAAGUCAUCAAAACAUAUUCUCUCAGAAGGAAAGCGAAAAAUUGCGCGCAUCAACGAAAUGGUAAAUAACGUUACUAGAAAAACUGAAAGUCAAUGUUCCAUCAAAACUGUGUUAUGAAACAAAUAACAUGAAAAAGAAAGCUAAAAACUUUGAUGAAAUUAUGAGCUUGAUAAAUGAAAAAAUUCUAUGUUCUGACAAAAGGACAAUUGUUCAACUUCUAACACUGGCACCCCCAAGAUGGUCGAUAUUAGAAGUACAAAAUAACUUUGCAGUUACAGAAUACCAAGCAAAAAUGGCUAGACAAAUUUUUAAUAAAAAAUGAUUGUUAGCUAUCUCUCCAUUGUAUAAAGGUAAAGUCUUACACAAAGAAAUAGAAGAUUCUGUUAAAUUGUUUUAUGAUUCAAGUGAUUUAUGUAGAACUAUGUCUGGAAAAAAAGAUUAUGUUAGCAUUCAAAAGAAUAUCCAUAAACAAAAAAAACUGCUUUUGUGUAAUUUAAAAGAACUAUAUGUAUUAUACAAAGAAAACAAUCCAGAAAUACAAAUAAGUUACUCAAAAUUUGCUUCACUUAGACCAAAGUGGUGCAUUUUGCCAGGUGCAAAUGGUACACAUUCUGUUUGUGUUUGUUGUUAUCACCAAAAUGCCAUAUUGCUAGUAGAUGCCUUAAAUAUUGGACUAAAGUAUAAGGAUUUACUUUCGAAAACCGUUUGCUCAGUAGAAAACAAAGAAUGCAUGCUUGCACAGUGUGAUAAUUGUCCUGGUAAAGAAACCCUCACCAAAUAUAUGUAUGAGAUUUUCGGAGAAUACGAAGAUGAUUUUGAGAUACACUACAAGCAAUGGCAAACUACUGAUCGUGCAACACUAUUGAGUUUAACAGCAGAUGUUUCAACAUUUGUUGAACUAUUAGUAUCUUGCUUUGAAAAGCUACAAGCUCAUUCUUUUAUUGCUCACUCUCAAUCACAGUACCUUAACCAACUAAAACAAAAUAUGGAUCAAUCAAACAUUAUCAUUAUUGGCGACUUUGUUGAAAAUUAUACUUUUGUAGUCCAAGAUGAAAUACAAAGCUAUCAUUGGAACACCCAACAAUGUUCUUUACAUCCAUUAGUGAUAUACUAUAAAGAUGAUAAAGGUGUACUGAAACAUAUUUCUUAUUGUUUUAUAUCAGACAACAUUACACAUGAUGUAACUUAUGUGUACAAAAUAUUUCAACUAUUCAUACCAAUAUUAAAAACAAAAUUUUCCAAUCUGUCCAAAUUACAUCUAUUUACUGAUGGUUGCGCAGGACAGUACAAAAAUUGUAAAAGCUUUUACAAUCUAUGCCAACUAGAGAGCGAAUUUUCCCUUAAAGUUGAAUGGAAUUUUUUUGCCACGUCACACGGAAAGUCACCAUGCGAUGGUAUUGGCGGCACUCUAAAAAGGUUAACAGCACAAGAAAGUUUAAAACGACCAUACAGAAAUCAAAUUCUCACAUCUGAAGCUAUGUAUGAAUUUUGUAUUGAGAAAAUCAAGGUUGUUAACUUCAUUUACAUAAAGAGGAUAGACUUACAAUUGCAACGUGAGGAACAAAAAGAAAGGUACACUGGUGUAACAACUCUACCUGGUACUCGUAGCUUUCAUCAAUUUAUACAUCUUGGAGAUAACAGGGUUGGGGCAAAGAGGUGUAGUACAGACACUAAUUAUAAAAUAAUUCACAACCUUAAAAAGAAACAAGAUAUAUUUCAACUUGAUACUGUCACUUUAGGAGGUUAUGUAGCUGUAGUCUAUGAUGAUAAGUGGUGGAUCGGCAUUGUAACUGAAACUAACCUAGAAGAAGUUGAUGUUAAAGUUAAGUUUCUUCACCCAAAAGGUCCAUCAAUCUGUUUUAACUGGCCUGAAAGAGAGGACUACUGUUUUAUUCCUUACACCAACAUAUUGAAAAAACUAUCUGUUCCACAAGCUUGCUCUAGUUCCGGUAGAAACUAUAUGUUUGAAAAUGCUGAAAUAGAAAAAGUACAAGUAAAAUGGGAACAAUAUUGUGAACUAAUUCAAACACAGUCAAAAUAACUUGCAUCUUGAAAAAUCUUGUAUAUUUAAAUACAUUUUUAAAUUACGAUUAACUUAUUUUUAUUUUAUUUACAAACAU